UAGUCAUCAAUACACAAGGGAAGUGGUGUGGACGCUAGCACACUCAGUCAGUUAGCAUUGGAUUGUACACGUACAUGGCUGAAGAAGGAAGCUUGAUUGUCCAUUCCCGUACUGUUUAUUGUUCCUGUGUACAACUAAUUGAUAUGGUUAAUGACCCUAGUGUGAUAUUAGUUAGAUAAGUGUUGACUGAUAACAGGCCAUUCAAAUGGAUAUCCGUACCUGACGUUUGUUUAUGUGCAAUUUCUAAAGUGUGACUGACCCGCGACAAUCUCCACCCCUCACAAUGGCAUCCCCAACCCCAUCUCAGAGCGACACGCUCACAACAGCCUCCAACUCCUCGGACAGUGAGAUGGAGUCAGCUGGACUCAACACGCGCUGCAGCCUCUGUAACGACACGUUCUCCAUGCCCAAGGUGCUCAGCUGCUUCCAUACCUUUUGUCAGCCAUGUCUAGAAAAGAUUCAGGACGAAACGGACAAAGUCACAUGUCCCGAGUGUCACUUCGAUACAUAUCUCGGGGCCGAGGGACUCACAGGACUCAAGCAGGAUUACGCAGUAAGCAACAUUCUGGAGACUUCGGCCCUAGACCCAAGUGCCUUGCAUUGCACAGGAUGCAAAAGCAAAGAAACAAAUGCUGUUGCACGCUGUUUUGACUGUGCUAACUUCCUAUGUGCAAACUGCGUGAUGGCUCACCAGUUCAUGCACUGUUUUGAAGGACAUCGAGUUGUGAGCUUGGGAGACCUACAAAUGAAUAAGGAGGAGGGGUCCAAGUCUGACAAGCCAGUCAGCUGUCCCAAACACAAGAAUGAUGUGCUCAAGUUCUAUUGCAAGACAUGUGCCCAGCCAAUCUGCAAGGAAUGCACAGUAUUUGACCACGGCCGGGGCCACGAAUGUCAGUUCCUUAUGGAUGUAGCAGACAAACAAAUAGACAUGUUGCGCCACCUAGAGGGCGAUGCCAGAAGCAAAGUGGGAGAUCUGCGACUUUCGGCCAAAGGAAUCGAGCACAUCUCAGCAACUCUACAGUCCCAGUACCACAAGGCCCAGAACGACAUCAAUGACACGUACAACUUUUACCGGGCAAUGCUGGAGGAGCGAAAGACUGAGGCGCUGAAGGAACUGGACCAGGCCUUCAACACCAAGCAGGUUGGAAUCAGCACCCUGGCACAGAAGAUUCAGGAAAGUGUGGAGAAGCUGUACCAAGGCGUAGAGUUCAUUGACAAGCUCCUGAAACACGCCUCCAUCACCGAGGCUUUGCUGCUGAAAAACUUUGUAGAACAGAGGUUCCAGAACAUGUUCAACUUCCUUCCAGACCUCAACAACCAGGGUUAUUUUGAGAUCGAGUUCGUCUCCAACUUCCAGGCAAUUCAGGCAGGCGUGCGCAAUACAUUUGGAUAUGUGAGACAAGGAAACGAGGCAUUACAAACACAGAAACCUCAGCCAAUUGCUCGCCCGACUACCAACGGUUUCAUUCCGACAACGUCCAGUCUGAGCAAUGGUCAUAUAUUUGAUCAAGUGGACACUGUUAACCUUGCCAAAGACUUUGGGAGCCCAGGUCUUAUCUUUCCUCCCAAUGACAGCAACCAGUACGAGAAGUGGUCCAGUGGCCUUGACAUUCUCUCGAAUGGCAUUGAUGUGUUCUCACCUUCUGCCGACCCAAUAAAUGACCUCACAUCGAAACUCAUCAGUUCAAGCAUCUACCCACCAAAGUCCCAGAUCAGACGACAGAAGAUGAUCUAUCACUGUAGGUUCGGGGAGUUUGGAGUCCUGGAGGGCCAGUUCACAGAACCAAGUGGGGUUGCUGUCAACGCCCAGAAUGACAUCAUCGUUGCUGACACCAAUAAUCACCGAAUCCAAAUCUUUGACAAGGAAGGCAGGUUUAAGUUCCAGUUUGGAGAGUGUGGAAAGCGUGAUGGGCAACUGCUUUACCCAAAUCGAGUGUCAGUCGUCCGAUCAUCUGGGGACAUCAUUGUCACAGAGCGCAGUCCUACACACCAAAUCCAGAUCUACAACCAGUAUGGUCAGUUUGUGCGCAAGUUCGGUGCCAACGUGCUGCAGCACCCACGAGGGGUUACCGUCGACAACAAAGGCAGGAUCAUCAUCGUAGAGUGCAAGGUGAUGAGGGUCAUUAUCUUUGACCAGUUCGGUAACGUCCUCAACAAAUUCGGUUGCUCCAAACACCUUCAGUUCCCCAACAGCGUUGUCGUCAACGACAAGGAAGAAAUCUUCAUCAGCGACAACCGGGCCCACUGUGUCAAGGUCUUCAACUACCAGGGUGUAUUUCUGCGUCAGAUCGGCGGAGAGGGUGUCACCAACUACCCUAUCGGCGUGGGCAUUAACUCUGCAGGAGAGGUUCUCGUGGCUGACAAUCACAAUAAUUUCAACUUGACCAUCUUCACGCAAGAAGGCCAACUCAUCAAUGCCCUUGAAUCCAAGGUCAAACAUGCUCAGUGCUUUGACGUUGCUCUGAUGGACGACGGUUCAGUCGUUCUUGCCAGUAAAGAUUACAAGCUAUACAUCUACAAAUACAUGUAAUGUUACCGUGGUUACCACCUGCAUAUUCCUAGAUGUACACUGUAAUCAAUUGCAGGUUCUAUUUUAUAUGUAAUUACAAGCUGUUACAAUAUAGUAAGGGGAAAAAUCUUUGUGAUCUGCAAUUUUUUACACUGUGCAUGGAUUUGUGUUUUGUAUGUUACUGUCAUUUGCCUGGAAUUGUCUCAUAAUCACAUUGUAAUUGGAUUAAUGGCAGUCUGUCAAAUGGCUGAGCCAGUGUACCAGAAAUUACUGACUGUUACGCUUCCGAAGACUAGUCAACUCACACUUAGAUAUUUUGUUUCCGAAUCGAGAAGCUCUCGGUACAUACGAAGGUUCACAUUUUCGUUUAAUUUAACAAUAUAACUCCUUGUCAGUAUUUAAACUUCGUUGUUCUCCACUGUUAUACAUAUGCUUAAUUUAAUUUCGUUGAUAAAAAAAAUCCACAAUCCUUGUCAGCAUCAAAAGCCUCGUCUUUAAUAUACAAAAUGUGAUAUAGUUAGCCGAUCGUUGUGGCUUAGAAGCAUAUUGUCGUUUUUCUGCAGAUUAUUUAAAAUCAGCUGUGUUUUUUUUAAAACUAAGUUAUUUGAUUGUAGUUUUGCAUGGUGUUAGGCCGCAAGGUCAUGCUUUAGUUAUUUAUCAAUAUUUUCUUUUGUUUAUUUGCAUUGUUGACAAUUUUGUACUUUACUCCCACCAUUGUUCAAAGUAACAAUUGAUAUUUAUACAGUGAUUAGACCUACCUCUUUGUAAAGUUGAAAUUUGGAAAUUCAAAAAGUAUCACACCUUACAUCUCCACUGCAAUCAAAACUUGUUUAUUCUCAAUGUUUGCCCAUAGGAUUUCAUAGUUCAGCCCAGGAUUUCUCGCCUUAAUGAAUCUCUAGGACGAAGAGGGAGUUUGUAAACUUGGUGGCUUGGGGGUAAGGAGGGGAAAUCGGCAUCUGCAUAGUUGGACCAAGUUUCCUGGUUGGAGACAGUGCCCUAUUGACAAACGUUCUGCAGUGGGUCGGUUCUAACAGCUUUCCAAAGGGGCAAGGCUUAUUCACUGUUUAUUGUAUAGAGGUGCGACGAUUCACAAAUGCAUCAAUGCAUCAUUUUAUUUAAUUUCAGUAGACAGUGUCUUAGAAUCCAAUACAAAUAGGAGUUUCUGGCAACGUCUUUGCCACCUGGUGUUGGGUAUAGCCACGGAUCUCAGGGUUGUCUGAUGCUGUGGGUACUGUUGAAACUAUAGAUUUGGCCAGAUGCUGUUUCUUUGAUUGAAUACAAUGAAACAGUUGAUGCUGCAAGAAUCGUCUUGACUCUAUUGUCUGUGCUACCUCACUAAGUUGCAAUAUAGCUUGUUACAAAGUGGAAUUGUGGUAUAUGCAAAUGAAUGUGUUGUUUGUAAUGUCGGAUAUGGUCGCGUACAGCGGUCGCACAUUCACUAGACGCCCCCGCCCUCUGCCCCCUCCUCCACAGAGGUGGGAAAUAUGUCGUUUUAUUUCGUUAUUGUUGGAUCUCAGCUGCCGCUGCAAACUCUGACAAAUUCUGAACUGUUAUUUCAGUCUUCACACAUGUUCCCAUCAUAGUAUCGUAAAAUUGAGUUAUUUGAGCAACUAACCAAAGCCAUUGCACAACAUGCUAAGAUGUCCGACAUUCCAGCGCUUGUUGACCAUAAUGUUUCUCAGAUCACGGACGAGGGCGUCUAGUGACAACUUCUCUUUAUUCAAGCCAGUAAUUUUCUGGCUGUAGAAAUGUUUUGUAGUGGCAUUUUUGAAACGUGUGAUAUUGUCGCUGUUUCGUUUAUUUUGUACGACAGCAGUAUUUGAAGAUGAUGUAAAGGGAGGCAACUCUGUAGUGAGAUGAAAGGUUGCAACACUGCUGAGAUUUCCCCCCAGAAAUGAUUGGCCAAAAGUCAUUUGUCUCCAUGGUGAGUGCAAUCAGCCAAUCAACUGUUGCCUGAAAGGUGAUUGGCUUAGAAGUUGUUUCUGUCCAGGUUUUUAUUGGUUGGUUGUUCCCAGUCACAUGCUCUUCAGAGAAAGGGCAUUGCUUAAUCAUUUUAACAGCCUUAAAAGUUUUCUAUAUGUAAAAAUAAAAAAAAAAUAUAAAAAAAUACAUGCAUGAUGCAUCAUUUUGUUACAGAGACCAGCCUUAAAGCUAAUGACUCCAUAAUCCGUGUAUUCCCCACAGUAUACCGAUUGCUCACCGUUUGAAAUUCCAUUUCCUUACAGUUUGAGGAAAGACUUAUUUUUCUAAUUUGCUGUUGAGUGUUUAGCAUACAUAUAUGGUUGUGUUCCUAGAGCAAUGGUUGACAGUCUUCCUAUAUUUUCAGCCUUGUGCACAAACUUUUCUAUGUAGUCGUACUUGUUGUUAGAGUUGAGAUAUGCACCAUUGCAGUUGGCCAUAUAUAUACUAUUGUUCAAUAUGUUUUUUCAAAGAUGAAUGUUUGAUAAUCUGCUAAAUAUGUAUUUUUACAGAUUUUCGUGUCACGAAAAAUUGAGCAUUGAUGAAAUUAUUUUCAAGAAGAUAUUUAAAAAAUACAAAAAAAAAUAUAUAGUAAUGGUGCUUGUGAGUGAUCAGCUGUUUCCAAAAUGUCUUUGCCUCAAUAACACCAUAUUAUGCAAUUUUUAUGCAGUCUCUUGUACAACUGUUAGUUUAGGUUUGAUAGCUACAGUGUGUGUGUGAGACGACGAAUCGUGCAAGCCAUCACUGUUAUAUGGUUUAUAUCAGCGGUUGUGUCACAUGAGCUUACCAUGUUGAAGAGGGACUGACCGGGCUUCUUGUAGCGAAUGAAGUUCACUAUCGUGGUGGUGCCGUCAACGGAUACUCUGAUGGAACCAUUUUUGUUAUAUGGCUACAGUUAAGUCUGUAUUGUCACCAGUGCUAGGGUGCUGAUGGGUUUUGCCCCUCCCCAAACCAGCUCGCUCCUUUCUUUGUUAACCACCUAUGGUCCAAGAUGGUUUGAUUGGACAUCCUAGAAUACUCUAAGCCCGAAACCAAAUUGUUGGGAGCCAGUGGUUCAAACGGUAGUUAUUUUUUUUCAUGUUGCCAAAAAGUAACGGCAUCGUUUGAUUUAUCGUUAAUAUUGUUCAUUGAACAAAUACUGAUGUUUGUGUGUUGAAACACUGUAUUAAUCUUGUUUUUUUCUGUCCGUCAAAUUUAUAAAGAUGCAUUUCUGAUCAUACAGGUAAAAAGUAUUGUUACAAAUCCCCCUAACCCAUCAGAACUCUGAUCAACUAUUUUUCAUAUACGUCUCAUGAAUGACUGUGGUGUCUGAGUCAAUGUAAUGUACAGUUCGUAUAGAGGCAAUGUUGUUUUUUUUUAUAUUAACCCCUAAGUGCUAAAACGCUAUGGAGCUCCCUUUUGGAUCCGGUAACUGUUAACAUAGCACUUAUGGGGUUAAUUUAUUGAUACUAGUUCAUCAUUAACCCAUGCUGUUUCAUUUUCCAUUAACACAACAUAUCCUUACCCCUUGUUGACCUCCCAAGGGUUAAGCAUCAGAUACAUUGUUGAUUAUAUUGUCAAGUUAGCAUAGUGGAACAUUACAUAUCCCAACACAGAUCUAAACAUACUAAGAUCAUGACACUCAUCCAGCUCAUUAAUCAUUAUUUUCUGUUAAUUAUUACUUAUUAUUUUGUCAGGUGGUAGUUACUUUCUCUGUUUCAUAGGAUGUUCUAUCUAUGGAAAUGUUAUUUACUUAAAGAUUAUUAUUUAAGAUAUGUUGACCCUCAUUGUCAAAUUUAUGGCUAGGUUCACCUCAGUACUCUUGUCAUUGACCUAUUGUUAUCAAAUUUGAUUAAUCGAUCUCAUAUUUGUACUUAUUUAAUACCUGGUAAAUUAAUCAAAUCUGCUUCAUAUUUAUUCUCCAAAUGCAAUAUCCCCAAUGUCAUACCCAUGAUUGAUGGUAAGGAAGCUAUUACUAGUAGUAAUACCAUGUUUUGUAGAUCUCACUCUCGAGUUCAUCAGUCAGUGCUGAAUGUUGAAAAUGUUUAUGGAAAAGUAACUAAUGCUACAUCCUCUCAUGAUCAUCAUGGAUUUAAAUAUGUAGUUAUUUCUUGUUAUCGCUCUGUUGAUUUUGUCAUCUUACCCAGUGCUACCAUAGUCUCUGGUCAUUGGCAAUCGUCUGUACAUUCCCCUGACGGGCUGUCCCAAAACUUUCCCAUCCUUUUUAAAACGGAGUUUCGCUUCCUCUGCUGGUCCUCUCCAGUUUACAAGCCGUCUAGCAGCAGUCACGUGCUGACUGGAACUUUUAGAAGAAAAACAUUAUUGCUAACAUCCUGCUCUUGGUGGACUCGUUCUUUUGUGUUGAGCCAUAAUUUGACUUGUGAACACUUGAAAGUUAUGAGACAGCCCUGAAUUCUAUGCUGUUUGUUUACAACAUCGAACUUUUAAGUAUUCUUAUAUCACCUUGAUAUAGAAAUUACAGAUUCUUAAUUCCAUAUCUUUGGGUAAAAAAUCUUGUCGUGUUAUAUGAAUUUGAUGAUCAGAAUAUCAUCUUGAAAAGGCAUUAUGGUUUGACUCAUUUCUAAGUUGUUUUUUACUGUUAUUUAAGCAUCAAUAUCUCACUUUUCAUAUUAAUUGGCCAUUUUGAUUCGUCCAUGAUUUCAACAGGGUCGAACAGCAGAAUUUGAUGUCAAAUCUGUGUAUCCUUUUUGCCAAGAUUUCAAAACCACUAUAUACAGACACAAGUCCAAUGUUACUUUUUCCAAAUUUUCCUGAUAGUAUUGAAUAAAAUGCUCAUUCUAUGUCAAGAGAUUUAUUAAUUUGCUUACAUUUUUUGCUUGAUUUUUUAUUCUCAUCACCAUAGUUUGAAACUACGACCAUGACAAGAUGAACGUUGCUACAUAUCAGUUGUUACGUUGCUUUUGUUUGUUUUUUCUGGCACCCAGUGCUACGUGACGUUGUUGAGUGCCAUUAGUCAAAAUAACAGCUUAUUGUCAAAAUCAGCAAUAAAUUUAAAACAAAUGAAAUAACUUACAGUGGAGGCGUUGCCAUCAUAGAUCAUCUGGGGUUUGUUAUAAUUUUUUACAAAUAUGCAAAUGACAUGGGUCAGAGUUCAUGACCUCGAAAUAGAGUACAUCAUCAGUCACCUUUUUUUCAACAGAUGAUUUUUUUAUAUUUUCUGUGAGUUAUGGUUAAUGAAACGUCAAAUUCUAGAAUGAUUGGUGCAUCAAUAUGCUGUUAUUAAAUAUUACAAUAAAUAACAUGCCAGUUAUGAAGAGCUUUAUUUUCACACUCACUAAGACUGUUUAUUGUUGACAGACCACCUGUUUUCCAUGUAGUGAGGUGUCGUUUUGAUAUUUCGAUUUCUUGUCAGAUAUUACAUUAACCAGCAAUCGAGGGGCCUUUGUUUCACAGGAAAUCAAAAAAAUACCUGCCAAAAUGUUUAUUUGUGUGUGCUUAAUGUUAGGUAGCCGUCGCAAAUUCUAUAUUAUAUAUUAUAUAUAUCUAGUUUAGGAUCACUAGUUGAAUAUGUAUCUGUUAUAAGUUUGAACAUAUUGGAAUAUUUGAAAUUUAUCAUGUUAAAUGUUGCAAUUGUUAUUUCACAGCUUCAUUCCAAGGGAGAUAACCCGCCUCUCUUCCAAAUGCCACUAUUGGAAGGAGUGGGUCGGACCCCCUGAAUCUGCUAUGCUUUGAAUGCUUUCAAUGUUGUGCCGUUUCCAUUUCCUGUUGACACUGUUAUAUACAUUAGCCUGUUUCUAGCAUCAAUGUGGGAAGUAUUACACUGGCCUGUUUAAAAGCUGCCAUAUAGUCAGACGCCAUUUUUACCACGUAUAUAUACUUACAUAUACCCAGAGGAUGGAGUGUCGUGGCUCACUAUUUGUGAUUGGUUUUGAACCUUGUUUAGAGUUGUCUGCCCUUUGGUAGCAUUAACUUGUACAAAAUUUUACCACUUUGUAAAUUGUUAAAAAAACAAACGGAAUGAAUUUUCUACCGUUUCAGUCUAGGUUUUUUGCAGAUAUUUUUGACAGCGUUUACAUACCUGUAAGCUAUUUUGACAACACUAAUUAACCGAGGAGCGACACGUAGAGUCCCAGUGUUUUUACUCUUAAGCAGUGUGGAGUGGGUUUCGUUACACCAGCCAUACUUUCAACAUAUGCAAUUUUGUAUGAUGCUCAGUUAUAUGGGAGAGAAUUGUGGGUAUGGGGUGACCUUGAAACGUGUAUCGUUAGCUUGUAAUUACCAGGAGUGAAGUGGAUCUGAUUUUGUCCUAUUUCUAUGUCCUCAAAUGCAUAAAGCCUUUUACUAAUGUUCUUUACAUCAGUUGAUCUUAGCUGCAGGCCUUGACGUUGAGUUUUUACUUGUAACCUUCAAAAGUUUGAAUUUUCAUAUUUUGUUAUUAGAAUUAGUGUGUGUGUGUGUGUUUUGUUGUCUUUUACCUGUAAAUAAGUUAAAAUUAUUGGUAUGUUUUUGUCAGCUAUAGUUUAUAUAAAGUUAGUUACACCUAUUCCCAAUGUGGUGGCCAUAGUGUUUUCAAUAUCCUUAGUGUAAUUCAUGUUCUCCAUUUAGUGGUAGCAAGUCCAGUGCAGUUUUGGGGGAGGGCUAAUCAACAGUUGUUUGGAAGACGUUACACGUGACUUCUAAUAACUGUCAUCUGCAGCCUCCAUCACAAGAUGGGGUGUCAAAAACCGAACAUGUUUGAUUCCAUAUCCUCUUUCCGCAUUUUCAAGCAAAGCAAAUCAAAAUCUCGCCAGUUGAUUGUUAAAUGUGUAAACUAUACAGGUUUAAAAUCUAGUCACUGAUUUAAGGAUAAGUUUGCGGUAGACCUAUGUUGUAGGUUCUAUUGAUUGUUGUUUGUUAAGUUCUUGCUCAACCCCCGUGCAAUAACUGAAGUCUCCCAGGGUAACAUGCAUUUUCUUUGGUUGUAUCUCUGUAACCCCACGGUAUUACCUCCCCUUGAUUAAGUUCACAUGCUACCGACUAUUAUUUCAUGCUUCCUUGACACAUCUUCAGUUGUUAUAUGAUACAUGUUAUCAUUAAGUCUUAGCUGAACUUUCUGGUAGGUGCUUCGCUGAAGACACUUCCACUGUUUCCUCUUGAAGAUUUUUUUUAUUAUUUCUAUUCCAUGGUGAUAAUUCUGAGAGUGAUGCUAGUCUCUCUGUUGACUAAACCAUUCCAUUCUCUGCAUUUCUGUCACUGCUGUUAAACAAGAUCUGUUCUUCCUGUGAUGCUUCGUCUCCUACUUCUUGCCAUUGUAAUCCACUUGACAGACGAGAGCUAACUCUCGCAUCAACUGUUUGUAACAGGGUUUAUGUAGAUUCAAACUCUAAGUAGUGUUUGAAGGAUCUUUCCAUAUCUUGUUCUUGUUAUAUUUUGAAAAUAUUUUUACCAAUACUCAAGUACUUCGACAACCAAUGGGGACACAGGCCUGAUUUAUGACAGGUCUCAACAUAACUGCACUGGAUUUCUACCAUGUAUUUUUUGAAGUUAACAAAUUCUAUAAUUUAUGUUAAUUUUUGUCGUUUUCUACAUGUAUAUCGCUUCUGUAGAUGGUAUGUCUUUCUCGUUAUAUGGCACUCUACAUCCUCAAUAUUAGUGAUACUCAGUUUAUUGAUGAAAAUUUACCCUCUUUAAGGUCACAAGCUUUAACCAGGGGGUAAAUCUUCAGUUUCAUUUUGAAUACAUUAACUAUCCUUCACGUCAGCAUUUUCAAGAUGGCUGCCAUGCCUGUGACAUGUGAUCAGGUCAACAGCAUUGUGCCUUCUUAUUGGGUGCUUCCUCAUGUUGAGGACAAAGGUCAAGGUUAGUGAAGUAGAACUCUAUAACUGAUUCUGUGACUUAAGAUGUACUUGCAUCAUGUCAGACCCAAUCUCAGUACUAAUUAUGCCUCUUGCCUGCCCAUCGGUCUAGACCAGCCAAAGUCCCACGAAUGGUUCUCCUCUUAGACAAGUCCCCAUGGCAACUGCUCACCUGCCUCCUCAGAAAAGGGCAGGCAUGUUACGAGAGUGCCAACAUCAUCAAAGUGUCAACGUACCACAUGGCAGCCAUCUUGACUUUUCUCGGUAUUCAAAAUGUUUUUUUUGUCCCUGCUUCUCUUAGAAGCAAUGUAUACAUAUUAUUCCAAGUAAUUUACUUAAGUUAUUCCCACCAUAGUAUGCCAGUAUCCAUGUUGUGCCAUUUAGCCAGAAAGAUGACUGUUUUCCAAGUUUUCAGCAUAAUACACUGUGAAAGUUUUCCAUUGUUUGGACCAGUUUACUGUCGGCCAUUUCAGGUGACUCUUGCGAUCACAUUCCACAACACCAGUGUAGGCUAUGAACAAACUGCUACAGUCCCACCACCGGUAGCCAACUCCUGCCAAAUUCACUUCCUAGAGUUGUAAGUUGCCAUGACAACAGAAGUGGUUAGUGCAGAGGAAUAUGGAACUAUUUUGCAUAAACUUUGCAUAAAAAAAUUUAGAAAUUUCUUUCAAAUUGACAUGAACACUUCAAAUGUGUAAAUAGUUUUAACUUUGCGUUUUUCAAAGUAUAUAUUGUGAUUUGCAACAUUUUGAGAUAAAGAUCUCUUUUUAAAAAUCAUUUUCACAGCUUUACGUCUUAAGGUCACAGAGUUGCAGAUAAACCACCAUUAUUCCACAUCAUGGCCAUUUUCAGACAUUGUGUUACCAUGGUAACCCGCUUCCAUUUGUUCUCUAGCAUUUGUCUAUUAGCCAACACAAAGGUGAACACAUGACAGAACAAUUUCCAGCAUUUUGCAAUUUUCUCAAGUUUCAAACCCAAAAAAUCUCUGUAAUUAACUAUUUUCUUUCCAGUGUACACUACAUUGUUCCUGUAAGUGGAUUGAGUUUUCUUUUAUUUGGAGCCAAGAGGAAAUUGGUAAAUGUUUGAAAUUAUCUGUGGUAUUAUUGCAACCUGAAGCCUUAACUACUCCAGAACAGUAACAUCAGGAGUUCAUUGUUAUAAAACAGGUGCUUAAUCUAAUACAAAAAUCUGUGCAAAUUGACUUUAAUGUUUGAUUUUUGGCGAAUUUAUUCAUAUGUUAAUUAGGUUAGAUUUUGAAAUUAAUAUUGUACUGCUGUCAAAUGGCUAUGACCAUUUGGUAUUGUAUCGGCGUGGCGAUGUCAGCCAUAUUGUUGUAUGCUAAAGUCAGUAACCCCAUGUACAAGCAUGUGUGGGUGUGGCCAUUGCCGGCUGUAAUACCAAUCAUUGAUAUGCAUUAUUUUUACCAGUUUGUGUUUUGUCAUUUCAUAAAUAAAGGUUUAACAUGCCGAGGUAGUAGUUACUUUAUUUUUCCCCACAUAGUAAAAAUUCACCUUGAAAAUUAACCUUUGUACUUUUAACACGGAACCUUCCAUACACAUCCCUUAUUUCAAAUUAAAUGGUAACGGGGUCUGGGAACAUCUCGGAAAAGUAUUUUCACCUUUGAUGUGUCCAGCUUUAUUUGGAACACAAACUGGAGAACGCAAUUGGAAGGUGUGUUAGCACUGCAGGGGUUAAGUGUGUGUUACGCCCAUGGAUCUCAUGCGAUGAGACUUCAUAUCAUAACAAAGCAUUACUAUUGUCGUCAUUCUCCUACGUUUGUUAAGAGUGUAACUGAAUGGUAUUCAAUAAAGUAUUUUGUUGCUUCA